AUGCUCAAGAGAGUUAUUGCGAGGGCAAGCCUCCCCAAGUCGUUGGAUGUACUGCCGCUUUUUUCUUUUUCGAAGAAGGGCAAGGGUGGUAUCGAGAAGGUUGCUGGUGACAGCCAAGUAAAAUCCCUUGUGUCCCACCCAAAAUGCGUGUCGGCACAUUUUUGCAAUCCUAAGGACCACUCUGAAGCUUUACGUGAAGACGACGAUGGAGGUGAUGUGGAUAAACACGACGCAGUGGAUGUGCCUUUUGGUUUCCGUGAUGCACCGGGGAAUAUUUUGUUGGAUCCGGAGCGGCGGCGCCUCUUUGCCGGCAUUGGUGAGAAACCAACGGUGCGGGACUAUCGCCUAGCCGUGACGGCUGCUGUACGCGAAGCGUCUAAGUUAAAAGCAUCAGCACUGGUUAUGCGUUCUCUGCCAAAUGUGCUGUAUUCGGUUGGAGACUUGUUUCAGCCUGCGAGCGCUCUCCCGGCGGAGGACGUAGCUGAAAAAACGGUUACUUAUGCCGUCGCGGCGGCGUAUCGGUACGACCGAUUUCUAUCGAAGGCUAAAGGUGGCUUGCCCCCUCCGAGCCGUGGUAGGCGAAAUAAGGCGGUUGCAGAAGGGAGUCAUGAGCAGUUGAAUUUAAUUAUUGACUGCGGGGACAAGACUUCUAUUGCCAGUGGAAAUAUCAUUGGACAUUGCAUAAAUGACGCACGAAACCUGGGUAAUCUUCGUGAGGAUGAGGGCACUCCGCAGUUUUACUGUGAGUGGAUUCAUCAGGAACUGGCCCCACUUGGCAUUAAGGUGCAGAACGUGUUGCACGGAGAGCAGCUUGAGAAGGCGGGGUUGAACCUCAUAUACAACGUUGGAAAGGGGUCAAAACACACGCCUUAUUUGGUUGUGUUUGAGUACGUCGGUGACAAGAGGAGCAAUAAGGCAACUGCCCUCGUGGGCAAGGGUGUUACAUUUGAUUGCGGUGGUCUUAACAUUAAACCAUUCGGGUCGAUGGAGACGAUGCACAUGGAUAUGAUGGGUGCAGCCACGGUUAUGGCUACGAUGAAGGCUAUCGCCGAACUUCAACUACCAGUUAACGUUGUGGCCGCCGUUGGGCUCGCGGAAAACGCGAUCGGUCCAAGCAGCUACCACCCAUCAUGCAUUUUGACUAGCCGCAAAGGACUAAGUGUUGAGGUGUUGAACACGGAUGCCGAGGGGAGGCUUGUACUUGCUGACACACUGACUUACCUUCAGAAGGACGCUAAACUAGUGAAGAAGGCCGAUACGAUCAUCGACAUUGCGACCCUCACAGGCGCAAUUGUUGUCGGCCUUGGGAGCCGGCGUGCAGGUCUCUUUGGCAACGACAUCGCGCUGGUGCAGCAGCUUAUGGCUAGCGGGCGAAGCAGUGGGGAGGAGGUUUGGCCGAUGCCCAUCGGGGAUGAACACCAGAGGGCGAUCAAAGGGAAUAUUGCCGACCUUGUUAACGUACCGAGCGUGCGUGAGGGCGGUUCCUGCACUGCAGCGGCGUUCCUAAGCAACUUUGUGGAGAAAGAUGUGAAAUGGGCGCAUCUUGAUAUUGCAGGUUCGGGGAUGGGGACCGACAAGCCAAGGGGAUUCCAACCAGCGGGGGCACCCGGAUUUGGUGUUGAGCUUCUGGUGGACUACUUUCGCCAGCACGUCAUGGCUUCUUCAAAGGGAGUGUCGACGGGUAAGGAUGGAAGCCACGGUGAUGCGGAAGAGUCUACUCAAGAAGAGGGUGCUAAUGCUGAAGUGAGUGAGGAAAAUACCAAAAGAUCUAAGACCAGCGCAGGUGGAAAGAAGUUAACGAAAAAUGCCGAACCGAAGGAAGGAAAGGGCAAAGAAGCAAAACCCAACGUGAAGGGUACGAAAGGUGGCAGAAAGGUUGGAGAAAAAGGCACGGAAGGCAAAGGAAAAGCGGCCAGCCCGGCUGAAAAGAAGAGGGUGAAAAAGGCACCUGCGGCCAAGCAGGGUCGCCGGGCAGUGAAGGGGAACCCGAAAGGAAAGAAAAGGUCUGGCAAUUGA